AUGGACCUCCUCCAGCGACACGGCGACCAUACCGCCAUUGUCGACACAGCCAGCGGCAACGCCGUCCAGGCCGUCCUCGCCAUCGCCCUUCCCUGCCGCUCCUGUCGCGGGAAUCGCCGUCGGCUGACGGCUAUCGGCCCCUUGGCGCCCAAGACGGCCGACACCGGCGACGGCGAUAUUGAGCUUGACCAGUUCUUCCUCGAGGCAACGCCCGACGAGGAAAUCUCACUCGAAAUGCAGGCGCUCGGGGAGCUCAUUCGCCAGCACGUUGAGACCCAUUAUCAGCGAGGCCCAGUCGCCGCCGACGCGAACAUUCUUUCGCAAUCUCUCGUCCACGUCGGCAUUUCCAAAGGACGCUCUCUAGACGCUCAAGAGGUGGCCGCAUUGUGUCUCGAUCCUAGGACGCGACAAGACGCCCUGCAACAUGUCCUCCUGCGCGUCAUAUUUGCUAGCCUCGACUUUCAUUCAAGGAGCGAAAUGUCCUUGCUCCCCAUCUCGGUCGCUACAUUUUUGAACGAGGUGCCAUUGCCUAACAACGAGCCGGUGGGCGGCACACCAGGUAGACGGCAGCGGCCGGGCCAGACUGAGCAACAUCAAAGCAACUCAUCAUCUCUGGCUCUUCGCCAAUGGCGCAGGCUCUCCGCCUUUCUCCUGCACCCAGACCGAGACCAGCGCACGCCUCUGCCUGCCGACAACGCCACGCUCGUCUCCAAGGCCCGGGCACUGGCCGCUAUGCUGAACACUGUCCUUGGCCUCUUCACUGGUCUGGAUCCGAAUAGUAGACAGGAGCAGACAAGGCAUCUCGAGGCCGUCGUCAUGGAAUGUGCAAAACUUGGCUACGUGCUCUUCUCUCACCCAAGCGACUGGAGAUUUAUUACCGAGGAUCCCGGGGAGAAGGGCGGCAUCGUUGUCGAGGCCGGGCUGAUGAAGUUGAGCAAUCGGGAUGGUGUGCCGUAUUCCCCUCCGCGGAGAGUAGUCCGCCCUGUUGUUCGUCGAGUAUCUAUCUGA